GAGAGGGAGGAUGACUCACUCCGUCUGAUGUGAGGUUCACCCCGCAACAGCUCGGCAGUGCGGUGGCACGCCGGCGGUUCAGGCUGACAUGUCCGCUGUAAUCCAGCAAUACAAGGAAAACUUUAUCAAAGUAUUAAGCUGCCCCCUUUUCCGAGGCCAAACGGGUACGGGCUUUGUUUGAAACUUGAGUGUUUCGUCACUUGAUAGUUAGAGUGACCCGUGGAGUCGUGAUUCACCGUGAAUUUCGUGACGGCUAAUUGCCAUGGAAACAGUGCUGCUGCGCUGAGAGGAAAUUGUCCGUAUUAACUUCAGCUUCAACCUUUCCAACAGGGUCGGAUAAACCUGUUGGAUACCUUAAUAUAUUUUUUUCCCUUAUAUUCUUUUGUCUUGGCUUUACUUUUUUUUACUGUAAUUUGACAACCAAUCAGGUAAGGAGAAUGGAGCAUAAAACUGAAAAGAGGUUCCACAACCUGACCCAUGUGCAAGUCGAGGCUCUCGACAAAGUGCUGACUGAGGUGAUCCCGAUCCACGGGCGAGGAAAUUUUCCCACACUGCAGGUGAGAGCCAAAGACAUCAUUCGUGUGGUGAAAGAUCGACUGGUGGAGAGGGACAUCCAGGUUAAAGACAUACGCCUCAACGGAGCCACCGCCAGCCACGUCCUGGUGAGAGAUAACGGCCUGGGCUACAGAGAUUUGGACAUCAUAUUUGGAGUAGAGCUGCCCAGGCAGGAGGACUUCCAAGUGAUUAAGGACGUGGUGCUGGGCAGCCUGCGGGACCUCCUCCCAUGUGGGGUUAACAGACGGAAAAUCACUUGCCUCACUAUGAAGGAAGCAUAUGUGCAAAAGAUGGUGAAAGUAUUCAAUGAGCACGACAGAUGGAGCCUGAUCUUGCUUUCCAACAACAGAUCCAAAACGGUGGGGCUCAGAUUUGUUAGCUCCCUCCGGAGGCAGUUUGAAUUCAGCGUGGACUCCUUUCAAAUAAUACUAGAUCGCAUGCUGGAGUCUUACUGGGAGAGUGACAGGAGAGGAGAAGGAAAACUGCCACUGAAUGCCAGGAAUUCAUCACAGGGGCACAGCAGCAAAGACAAUAACAAGAUACAAGAACAAUCAAGCAGUCGUGAAGAUGUCAAAGAGGAUGCUGAAAAAGAUGGAGAAAUGGCAGCUAACUCAGGCCCUUCAAGCCCAGAUGAAGCCGUUUCUCCAUCUGAGCUUAAAGAUGAAGAUACGGAUCAUGCAGAUGGAAAGUAUGAGGCGAAAGGACCUGAGGGAAACAGCCUACAGCAGGUGGAGGAUGGUGUGGGUGGCUGUGAGGUCGCCCAUUCAGAGGAAGACAUGUCAGAGGUGUUUGAGCUUUGUGAAGAAAGCACAGAACAAAAAGAACUGUUCGAUGGUGAUUAUCCCUUGGAAGCAUCGUCGAAAGCUUUUUUCCCCGAUGCAAGAGACCCAUUAAUGACUCAUCCAUGUUUAAAACUGCAGACGACUGAAGAAGUGUCCAUAAUAAACACCGAACCAUCAACUUCCGAAGAAAUAGCUCAUUUUGAAACAAGUACAAAGUUAGAGGUAAACAUCGUGAACUGCAAGAUGGAAAACACCCCAACUCUACAAGAUUCCCUCUGUGAAGACUCCUUUCCUCCCCCGGCUAAAAAAACUUGCAGCACAUCACAGGACAUUGUGCCAGACUACUGCCCUUCUCCGAAACUGCAAAGGAAAAUGUCACGGAAGCUGAUCAGCCAGCCUGAAAAGUGGUCCUUACUCACGGAUGUGUCAGACCUUACAACUCAACUCUUUUCACCAAUAGAGGUAGUGAAACCUCUUCAGCCAAAACCCCCUGUACCUGAUAGUGUAGAUCUUCGUGGCUCAAACGUUUUAUGUCCUGAAUCAGAACAUUUUGAGGGUAAGGACACUCUUACUGUUCCUUCGUACAGUCCAGAACUUGCACCUCAGGAAGGUGCAAACUCGACUGAUUCUCCAGAACAAACCGUGAAGCCAAAACACCUCAAGAAGCCUCCUGAUUUAAAGACCACGGUUUCAACGCCUCAAGUUGAUGAUCAAGGUCCUGAACUUCUUAACACUGUUCCAAAUAGUGUCCCCUGUGUUAGUGUAGAAAGUGAGCCUGUUAUCACUGUUGAAGCAGAGUGCAUGUACGGAGACUUUGAGCAAGCGAUGGACCACCUUCGCCAACGCCUCAUUGCUACCCACAACCCAGAGGAGAUCCGUGGAGGGGGGCUGCUGAAGUACAGCGAUCUGCUGGUGAGGAACUUCCGGCCAGCCAGCGAGACUGAAAUCAAGUCCUUGGAGCGUUACAUGUGCUCCCGCUUCUUUAUCGACUUCCCUGACGUAAGCGAGCAGCAGCGUAAGAUCGAGGCCUACUUGCAGUGCCACUUCAUUGGCAGCGAGGAAGCGAGCAAGUACGACUACCUGAUGACCCUGCGGCGCGUGAUAGACGAAAGCACAGUGUGUUUGAUGGGACAUGAGAGGAGACAGACCCUCAAUAUGAUCACUGUCCUUGCUUUGAGGGUUCUGGGGGAGCAGAACGCCAUCCCCAACACGGCAAACGUUACUUGCUUUUAUCAGCCUGCGCCAUACGUGUCAGAGCCAAUUUACAACAGCUACUACAUCCCUCAGGCCCAACCGCCGCUUGUCUACCACCCGUACCCUCUGCAUGUUCACAUGCAAUCUGGCCUUGUUUAGCCAAGAUGUUCCGCUGGCAUGAAGGCAUGCACUUAGCAUGGCACUCUGCAAUCAGAGGCUUACAUGGAAGUUUUGGCAACAACAGGCAACAAAAGUUGCAGUGUUGUUUAAAGUUUUAAAAUCCCUCCUGCUUACAACAGAUAUUGGGUGGUCAGGGCUGAGGCGGACUCAGAGGUAAAUGUGCAUUCUUUUCAAGAAGAGCCCAAGAAGAGAAACACGAGAGCUUGUUGAGAGGAUUUUUUGAAAUCCGAGGGGACCUGCUGUACGGCUGGUCCAGUUCAGUUUUGGAGUACUGAUUACCCUCCUGCAUUGAAGGCAUCGUUAUAUGUCUACAUGAUAAACACCUUUAACUUAUUAAGUGUAAUCUGUUGCUUGUUGGCUACGUGGAUCUUGAAACCUUAGUCUGGAAAAAGUUCGAGAUCCUGUGGGGUACAAACACUGUAACUGUUUUGUGAAUCGUUCGUCUGAACCACAUUCAGUGAUCCCAUACCUGUGUACACAUUGUUUAGAGAUAAGAUGCCGUUUACUGUGGCGUUAGAUUAGACAGUGGUGCUUCCAUAAUGUGGUAAAUUAUGUUCUAGUGGAUGUGAAUUGUGAACACCAUCAUGUAAUAAGGAUACAGUAGCUGAAGGCAGUUAGAGAAUAAAUAAACCAGAUUUAAAAGAUUUGAAUAAAUUGCUUCUGGUAAAGUGAUUACAGCACUGAGAAACAACAUGUGUUUAUGAAUCAUUUAGAUAUCAGUUAUGUAAGCGAACGUCUUUAAAUGCGAAACAUUGCUCACAAAUAAGGUGACUGUAAAAACACCUGAGUUUAGAUUUCACAACACUGUGAAACAAAAGACAAAGUGUGGUUUCUGCACCAGUUUGUGUUGGGAAUACUUUUUUGGUUUUUUUUGCUAUAUAGAGUCCCAUUGUGGGAGCUUGUAGGUAAUUUUAGAGUCAGUCACCAUCGCUGACAUUCAAAGCACAAAGAUAUUAUUCAGGACUUGGUGUCUCCAGCUGCCAUGUUUUACAAAAAACGUCUAAUAAAGUAUCUCCUUCUGGAGUGAUACUUUUCCUGGUAAAACUCAAUGAUUAAACCUGCAAAAGGCCUCACGGCAUCGUAACUGAAUAAAUGUCUUGGACUCUCGCUACAGUUUCUGCAGAAAGAAGAAAAAAAUUAUAACUGAAGUAAUAAACUAAUAAUUAUCUAAUCAAAGCAUGUAUAUAGCAGAUUUGAUAUGAUCACUUCUUCCAUGUGUCUCUGAUUAUUAUUGAAAAGAGCCUUUCCACUUUCAGAUGCAUCAAAGGCUUUAAAAUAAUUAUUUAUUAGAAAAAUAAAAUACAUUGGGAACGUUUAUUUAUUAAGUGUAAGACAAAAAACAGAAUCUUGACAAGGAAUAAUUCCUUACCCAAACUUACCAUUCGGCUGCUCUACUAACAAUCCCAAAAUAUAAAUGUCUCUGAAGCAUUUUUAUCAUUUAUUUUCUACGUUUAAUGAAUAAGCCACGACAUAUUGUUUAGAUGGGCUACGAAUAAAGUGUGAUAGAGUCCCAAUUUUAUAAGCCUCUCUUCAAAAUAGGGAAAAACAGGAGAAAAUGCUUUUCAGCUUAAAGACAGAUGCUUAUCUUCAAAAAUACAGAAAUUAUAUGGCUCGAUGCUCAUUUCAAAACAAUCAAUGUAACCAGUGCUACUGUAAUUAAUAUAUAUAUAUAUGUAUAUUUUAAGGAUUUUUAUUUAUCUUUACGAAUGUAACGAUAACUAGUGUGAAAUAUGUGGCCUAGGUAGAAAAGUCUUGCUAAUUCAUCCUGUUUCAGAAAUAUCACUGUUGAUUUCCUUUGAAAAAUGUUAAUCAGUUUCUCCUGAAAUAUUUCACACAACUUAUGAGAUGAAACUAUAUUCAAAAAUGUGUGUUGUCCGAACUUGUCAGCUGAUCUCCGUCUUUGCUGAGUUUGACCUGAUUUGAUUGUGGUUGACAAAAAUAUGUUGAACUCCAUCAGAAUUAGGUAAUUACAUCUUAUUCAAGAUGAGCAGGAGUGACUGCAAAGUGAUGUAUAAAACGGAAAUACUUUCAUCUUUUAUGAGAUUUAACCACAAAUAUUCAAACAUUGACAGAGAAAACAUGUUUAUAGCUCCAACGUCUAAAAUGAAGGGAAAAGAGUAUAAAAUUGAUAUAUUCCGCUCAAAAGUGUCAGAUGCAGUGUAGUAAAAUGUAGAUAAAACAUAUUUUUAAUGCUUUGCUUUUUUUUCAUAUGAAACUUGUUGAUAAUGUCCAAUUCAGACGUUGUUCCUCUCAUCCUUUCUAACCAGUGAGACAUUGUGAUGCUUACCAGGUGUUAUUGGUCGUUUUUUGUCACAGUUUCUUUGAGCUACCGCUACAUCUCAUUCCUCUUGAGGGAAGCAUCACAGAGAUUUGCUGCGAUACAAAAGUCUGAAUGCAUGUUUUCAUUAUAACAUUUGGAAGGAAAUAUGCCAGUUCUCUGGUGAAAUCAAAUCCUUUUCUUUGUCGUCCCCAGACAGAUUUUUGCUGGGUCCGAGACAUUGCUGCAGUCAUGAGCGUACACUGUUUGGGGUUUUUCUGCCUGCUGUCUUGUGCAAAAAAAAGAAGAAAAAAAAGAAAGUGCAGCCGCUGGUUCCUAUGUCUCGUGUGUGCAAAGCACUCGUGUUUAGGGUUUGUGAUUAACAACAACAAAAAACAAGACAAAGUGAAGCACAGUUUAGAGCAGGUAGGUACCCACACUGACACUGAAGCACAAUGUAAAUGCACUUAGGUAUUGUUGAGUAUUGACAGUGUUUGACAUGCUUGUGAUCCUCCAGCUCACUAUUGAUAAUCAUAACAAUGUGUGUAAGUUGUCCCUCUUGUAGCUUCGACAUGGUCGUAUUUAUCUCUGGGGUUUGUUAUGUGUCGUUCUUGCAGUAAAGACACUCAGAUAUUCCUGUUAUGAAAUCUAGACGCUGAAAUUGUUGUCAAUGUGUGAAUAAAUGUAAAUCAACUGCUCCGUGUCUGGUGUCUUCUCUCAGUGGAACGCGUUUGGCCAACUGUUUUAUUUCCUCAAGCUUGGAGGUUUGUUGUUUUGGGUAAUCGUCUUAAUUUGCAACAGCCCUGCUAUGGGGAACUUUGCAGGUACUUUGCAACACGUUCAGAUGAAAUGCAGGAAAUGUUACCGACAGAUAAACUG